AUGAUUGCAGUGCCAGCUGGUCGUUCCAUUUCAAGACUGUACUGUGAUAGCGAUCAAGAAUGUCGCGCACGGGCAGCUUCCGGACCAGCUGCACGACCGUUAGCUUCCACUUCACAGCAUCCGCAUCUCACUUACAUUGCGACCAGCACGCAUAUCGAAACGGCAUUUGACUCCACCGCCAUGGCUACCAACACGGAAGGACUCGCGGUUCCUGCAAGAUUCAUUAGUCGCCUUGCGAGCACCUUCGACACGGAAAAUGGCACCGAUCUGGCCAUCAUAUGCGGUAGCGCUCGUUGGCGCGUGCACAAGACGAUUCUCUGCCAGCAUUCAUUAGAUGAGCUGAACCUAGUGCCCCCAUUCCAGGAAGCGACGAAGAAGGAGCUGGAGCUGCCCGACGACAGCGAACAUGGCAUGAAAAUGCUGCUCAAGUACAUGUACAGCUUCGAUUAUGUCCCAGAGCAUUCGGGCCACUCCUACGUCGCGCCAAGGGAGAAACCGGGCCACUUGUGGGACAUUCCAACUCACAUGGAGGUCAUCAGGCUCGCAGACAAAUACGACAUGACCGAGCUGCUCAAGAUAGUCGUGGACUACCCUGGGCAAGAUUGCGACGACUACGCUGGCUGUCAGAUGGUGCUUGACGUGAUGGAGGACGCAUACAGCGGAGACUGGCCAGACUGUCUGCGAGAAGAGGUCGUGAAGGUUGUGCUGAAUAACCUCAAGAUGUAUUGCGACGAGGAGGAGGAGGACGACAUCGACUUCUUUGGCAUGGCCGAGAGGGUUCCCAAGCUGUUAGUGCAUGUCAUGCGCGCGGGUAAGUUGACGACCAGGAAGCAACUGAGCGACUGGUGA